AUGUCCCACAACGCUUUGGAGAGUUUGUAUUUUCGCUUCGGAGACUUGCCGACGAACCUAGUUCUCAGGAUAGCUCUUUGGGCUCAAUUACUCUGGCGUGAAGCGCUCUUCUCACCUCAGGCGCCGUAUGUGGGUGCCAGACGGUACGCGCCGCGACGUCUCGCGCCAGCGGUAGAAGACGAACCCUCGUGUUGCAGUGGCCAAGAUUGGUACGGCAGUAGACCUUGCUGCUUGAAGCGCACCAAAGAGAUCCCACUGGCGUUGAGGUCGCCAGCCCAUUGCCUAUCGCAGGUCGGACGAAGUCUACGCGCAGUUCUAGCGGAGGAGAACAAGGAGACUGACACAAUCUGGAGCCUGGACAAUACCCUAUUCCCUCUGAUCGCUCAACAUACCGAGAUCUCGCGCGGCAGAACCGGAGGUCGGACUGUCAUACAUUACCGUGCAAAGAGCCUUGCCGCUCUAAAUGUCUGCGCCUGUGUAAUCCCAGGUUCGGCGGCGUUCUACACCCAUCUUGAAAGCAUCAAGCUAGCGAUACCCUGGCUCGAAGCCGAAGCCAUAGCGAGCGACAGCGCAGCGUACGAUCUCACGCAAUCGCUUGUCUACGGACACCUUGCUGCGGAAGCCAGCCGUCUCUCCUACUUCGAUCUCGAAAUAUACGACAGAGCACCCCACGCCAUGAAGUACCGGGAGUGUAGAGUCAUGGCCGUGCUUUGCAAAUCCCUCGAAGUCAGUCGGCUCAGCAACUCCCCCGCAAUAUACUAUUCCCCCCGUCUAGUAUCGCUACAUGUCCAUUUCUCCUUCGCGUGGAAGGCGAAUUUUGCGUCCGAAUUUUCGUCGGCAUUGCAGGCUUGCGCCGGGACACUUCUGUACCUGACGAUUGACGCUGGAAGGAGCGUCUUCGGCGAAUUGGAGCAUAUCGCAUUGUCCUCUCUUCGCUUCCUGCGUCUUGUUUCGCCGCAAUCGAAAGCCGGUCGGUUCUUGCGCAAUGUGGACCUCCCUCACGAGCUGGACAUGCACCUCGAGCUCGUCGUAGAGUGGAGGCGGCAUAUCCGCGACGCGCCAGUAGAGCAUAUGCGGUAUGACGCGCCGAUCUGGCGAUCCGAGAUGAUCGAAGAUCAAGAGCAGGACGGAGGCAUACUCAGAGACUACGCGAAAGCGCUUGCUGCACCCACAAGCGCUCGUCGAUUAUUCUCUACUUCAUCUAGCGCGUUCAGCCGAAAUCUCAACCCAAAGCCGGAUUAUCGGCUGUGGAUGUCGCUCUGCUACAUCGGUUUGGACAUCCGGAUUGACUCGGACAGCGUCCUUUGCAAGCACAUCGCUGGUCGGCUUCCGGAGUAUGUCGCAGUUUGCCUUGCGCGCUCUGCGUCCGAGGUGGACGCAGUGCUGAAUGAUUCUGUGGCUCGGGACUGGAGGAACAGCGGUGUUCAGGAUGGAGGACGCGCUGCAAGGCGAUCUCUACUCGUCAGAGACGGCCAAUUCGCCGCGUUCUUGCGCGAGGGCACUCAUAGCAACAAAUUUCCGAAGGCAUUAUACGACGCCGCGACCUAUGUCAUCCGUGCCAUCUUUGCCGACAGGGUGAACGAUCCAUCUGUCGCCCAGGAGGUCGUGUUUGCACGUAAUUCAUGGCUGCCGGACCGUUCGUUGGCCUUCUCAGAAAUUCUGGAUCAAUUCUGGGGUCUGCGAUCUAUCCGCUUCACAAGCCCUCCUCUUGCUCGAGACAUACCGUUCACGCGGAGACAAGUCGGUCAUCUGGCUGUCGACCACCUCAACGCUCUGGCACUUUACCUCAAUACACCUCGCGAGGCCAACCUAUACCCCUGCAUGGUCUUGGAGAAGAUAUCUUUCUCUGUGGCGUCAUCGCAGUUGGCAAAUUUACUGCCAGCGAAGUCCGAGUUGCUUCACCUAUUCAACGGCGAACGCUGCGGUGAUUUUAGCGUACCCAGGAUUGAAGUUGCCAUCCUCAUUACUGGUGGGAGUGACUAG